AUGGAUGCGGCAUUUUGCAAGAAGAAUGUAGAGAAUGCUAAGAAGUCGAUGUACAUUGAGGAAAAGUCCAGCAAGGGCAAUGUAAUAUCCCUUAUUUUCUCACUGAAGGAAGAGAUUGGAGCCUUGGCCAAAGCCUUGCGACUGUUUGAGGAGAAAGGUAUGAAUCUCACUCACAUUGAAUCCAGGCCUUCCCGCUUCAAGAGAGGAGAGUAUGAGUUCUUUAUCGACCUGGACUGUAAAGACAUGGUCAGCCUCGAGGAGAUCCUCCUCGGUUUACGACAAGAAAUCAGCGGCACUGUUCAUGAACUUUCACGGGACAAGAUAAAGGACACAGUUCCAUGGUUUCCUCGGACAAUUCAAGAUUUGGACAGAUUUGCAAAUCAGAUCCUGAGCUAUGGGUCAGAGCUUGAUUCAGAUCAUCCUGGUUUUACAGAUUCAGUGUAUCGAGCUCGCAGGAAGGAGUUUGCAGACAUUGCAUACAACUAUCGACAUGGCGAUGUGAUUCCCAGAGUAGAGUACACGGAGGAUGAGAUAAAAACCUGGAGUGUUGUAUUUCGAGAAUUGAAGACACUCUACCCAACCAAUGCAUGCAGAGAACACAAUAUCGUGUUUCCACUGUUGGAGCAGUACUGUGGCUAUCGGGAGCAUAACAUUCCACAACUUGAGGAUGUCUCCAAGUUCUUACAGUCUUGCACAGGGUUCCGUCUGCGGCCUGUAGCUGGCCUCUUGUCCUCCCGCGAUUUCCUGGCAGGUCUCGCAUUCCGUGUCUUUCAUUCCACACAGUACAUCCGACAUGGAUUGGAACCAAUGUACACACCAGAACCGGAUGUGUGUCACGAGUUGCUGGGACAUGUGCCACUCUUUGCCGACCCGAAAUUUGCCCAGUUUUCACAGGAGAUAGGACUUGCCUCCCUGGGCGCUCCAGAUGAAUAUAUUGAGAAGCUCGCGACGGUGUACUGGUUCACAGUGGAGUUCGGCCUCUGUAAGCAGAAUAACGAGAUCAAGGCCUAUGGCGCAGGACUGCUGUCUUCCUUUGGAGAACUGCAGUAUUGCCUAACGAAUAAACCAGAGAUGCGUCCCUUUGAACCCGACCAGGUAGCCUGUCAGAAAUAUCCAAUCACCAACUUCCAACCAGUCUACUUUGUUGCAGAAUCAUUUGAAGACGCAAAGGAAAAAGUGAGGAAAUUCGCUGCCACAAUCCCUCGGCCCUUCUCUGUCCAUUAUAACUCUUACACCCAAAGUAUUGAAGUUCUGGACAGCAUUGAGCAGCUGAAGGACCUGGUUGACAGCAUCAGUGGUGAAAUUGGAACUCUCUACCACGCUCUCAGGAAACUUCAGUGAAGGUGGCAAAGGACAAAUUCUUCCUGUGAAAACCAAGUUAUCAAUAAGUGUGCAAGGACCCUUCAAAAAGAAAAGUACAGAAUGAGAGCAGUACA